UUCAGAAUUGCACGCUGCAACUUCUCGAGUAGAAACAUGGACGGUGACAAAGUGUCGUGUCCGGUAUGCAGUAAGGAGUUCGCUUCCUCCGUCAUCGAGUCCCAUGUCGACAAGUGUCUGUUUCUGAAUGAAUCUGUGGCGGAUGAAGGCACAACCUUGCUGAAGGACUCGAGUCCCGUCGCUAAGAAAAGUAAAUUGAAACCGACGAGUGCAAAGAAAAGCAAUCCGGUGGCUGUAAAGAGAAAGAGCACUUUGGAGCAAUUUUCCUUCCAGGAUAUUCAAAGAGAUGAAGAGGAUAUUAAGGAUAUUCAAGAUGAUAUUCCACAGAGAAGUACACAGAAUAAGAAGUUUUGUGGGAACGAACGCAUACCUCUUGCAGAACAGAUGAGACCCACGUCGCUUUUGAACUUUGUUGGUCAGAAACAUAUUUUGGGACCUCGUACUAUGCUGUCAGAGCUCUUGCAAAAGGGAGAGAUACCUAAUAUGAUUCUCUGGGGUCCACCUGGAUGUGGCAAAACGUCUUUAGCUAACGUCAUCGCGCACAGAUGCAAAAAUGAUACGAGCCAUAAGCUACGCUAUGUUAAGCUCUCCGCAGCAAUGGCUGGUGUUCAAGAAGUGAAGGAAGUUAUCAAUGUCGCUGCUAAUCACGCAAAGUAUGCGCAGCGCACGAUAGUUUUCAUGGACGAGAUACAUAGGUUCAACAAGACACAGCAGGAUGUAUUCUUGCCGCACGUCGAGUCCGGAGUCAUCACCCUGAUCGGUGCCACGACGGAAAACCCUUCGUUCAGCUUGAACUCUGCAUUACUGAGCCGAUGUAGAGUAAUUGUUUUGCAUAAGUUAUCCAUCGUGAAUUUGGUGUCGAUCUUAAGACGCGCGGUGAUUUCGUUAAAUGGCGUAAUUCACUUGUCGGAGAAAAGCGAAACCUUACAAAACAACGGGGAACAGAGUACAUCGAUGGAGGAAAGCAGAGUCAUAGGAGAACCGUCUCACGAUACAAAAUUCAUCGUAGACGAGCCGACGAUAGAAUGGUUAGCCGGUACUUGCGACGGUGAUGCUCGCAUAGCGUUGGGAGGACUGGAAUUGGCGGUGCGGUCUAAAGCACCAAACGAAGAGGACUCGCCAGAAGCUGGUCCGGCGAUCAUAACGCUAAGUGACGUCGAGGAGAGCCUAAAGAAAACACACAUGCUGUACGACAAGAAGGGCGAGCAACAUUACGACAUGAUCUCCGCACUGCAUAAGUCAGUUAGAGCCAGCGACGAAAAUGCCUCGCUAUAUUGGUUAACCAGAAUGAUUUCCGGCGGCGAGGAUCCGGUGUAUAUCGCACGCAGAUUGGUGAGAAUGGCUACUGAGGAUAUCGGCUUGGCUGAUCCGAAAGCUCUGGGAAUCGCGGUGCAUACAAUGCAUGGUUGCAAAAUGAUCGGUAUGCCAGAAUGCGACGUGCUUCUGGCGCAAUGUACAAUUUAUUUAGCGAGAGCACCAAAGUCUAGAUUGAUGGAGGACGCACUUAGAGCCGCGCAACGAGUAAUAGCCGAGCAUAAAGGUCCGCAACCAGGGGUGCCUUUACAUUUGAGGAACGCUCCCACGAGGCUUAUGAAGGAUUUGGGAUACAGCAAGGGAUACAAUAUGAAGCAUAGGGAGGAUUCUGGAUUAAAUUAUUUACCAGAGGGACUGGAAGAUUUGGAUUUUUUCGGAGAUGAUAGAAGUAACGUAAUGUGAAGGUAUUAGUUAUACCGCGAUGUUACACUUCUUUCCAUAAUAGUUACUUGAUCAUCAGGAUAUAAUGUUGCAUUAGUGCGUCAGAAGGUGUCUUAUGAACCUCAUAUUUAAAAUCAGAUCUCUCAGGGACUAAUGCUUUAAGCAAUAUAAAUAUAAAAUAAAAUGUAUGUAUGUAUACACAUACGCUAUUAAUAAUAAUUGUAAUACAAAUCUUGUAUAUAAAAUAUUUUUUAAAAUAAUAUAGAAUACAUUUAUGUGAUAAGCUACAAAAAUAUUACAAAUCGUAUUAAUUAUGCUCAUUCGUGCAACCGUGCCUCUAACAGAGAUUCAAUAAAGAUUCGUGCAAGCAAUAUUUUA